CAGCGCUCCGGUGCCAUGCCUUCUUAACCUACGCCACGCUGCGCCAUUUACUGUUUCACACUUAUACCUGGCUUCAACUUUGAAGCAAAGUUCCCUCUCUCUCUCUCUCUCUCUCUCUCUCAAACCUACUGGUAGUUGUAGUUUCUGAGAAUUUUGCAGUUCCAAUGUCUGCUUUCGGAACCCCUACGGCCCUGAACCCUAAUCCGAAUAAAUCCUUUGAGGUGGCUCAACCUCCCAGCGAUUCAGUUUCAAGCCUUAGUUUUAGCCCUAAGGCCAAUUACCUGGUUGCUACUUCGUGGGAUAACCAGGUAAGAUGUUGGGAGAUAAUGCAUAGUGGGGCUGUUGUAGGUAGUACACCCAAGGCUUCAAUAUCUCAUGACCAACCGGUGUUGUGCUCGGCUUGGAAAGAUGAUGGAACAACUGUAUUUUCCGGAGGUUGUGACAAGCAAGCAAAAAUGUGGCCUUUGUCUGGUGGGCAGCCAAUGACUGUGGCCAUGCAUGAUGCACCUAUCAAAGAGAUUGCGUGGAUCCCAGAGAUGAACCUCUUAGUUACAGGAAGUUGGGACAAGACCCUCAAGUAUUGGGAUACUAGACAGUCAAAUCCAGUGCAUACUCAACAACUCCCUGAUCGUUGUUAUGCACUGACAGUGAGGCAUCCUUUGAUGGUUGUUGGCACUGCAGAUCGAAAUCUGAUAGUCUUCAACUUGCAGAACCCCCAGACUGAGUUCAAGAGAAUCACUUCACCUUUAAAGUAUCAGACAAGAUGUGUCACUGCCUUCCCUGAUCAGCAAGGUUUCUUGGUUGGCUCGAUAGAGGGAAGGGUUGGUGUGCACCACCUCGAUGAUUCACAGCAAAGUAAAAACUUCACUUUUAAAUGCCACAGGGACGGCAAUGAGAUAUACUCUGUCAACUCUCUGAACUUCCACCCUGUGCAUCACACUUUUGCAACUGCGGGGUCUGAUGGUGCUUUUAACUUCUGGGACAAAGACAGCAAGCAGAGACUCAAGGCCAUGGCUAGGUGCAGUCAACCAAUACCAUGCAGUACAUUCAACAACGAUGGUUCACUCUUCGCGUACUCAGCAUGCUACGACUGGAGUAAGGGCGCUGAGAAUCACAAUCCAGCAACUGCAAAGUCCUACAUUUUCCUGCAUCUGCCACAGGAGUCUGAGGUUAAAAGCAAGCCACGCGUUGCAACUGGUAGAAAGUGAAGGUGCUCAUUACUUGAAUUACUACAGCUCAUCGGAGAUUUGAUCAUCUCUCUUUUUGGCCUAGUACAAGGACCGUCUCUCUUUUUCUCCUCCCUCCCCUUCCUCAAUUACUGCUGUAUGAAAGCAGUUUACUGUCAUUGGAUAUAAUGAGGUUCACCAGGUGGUGGUUUUCUGCAUCGUGAGAGGGCAUUUAGUGCAUGUUUGGGGUUGUGGUAGAAAAUAUUACUUUUAGCUUAAGGCUUAUAACUUAGAGCUUAACGUAAUAAGCUCUAUUAUUAAAAAGCUAUUUACUGUUUGGGAUCCGUAUGUCUAAAGCACUUUCAAAUAUAUUAGAUUUGUUUGGAAAUGAA